UGCAAGGUCUGGAAAGACUUGGGAAACUUGGUAGAUGAACAGGAAACUUGGACAUGAUGGUCAGUCAGAACAAUAUGUUUUUAUUCCUCCGGAAAAUCAGGGGAAUAUAUUCAACAUCCAACGAAUAUUUAAUGAAAUGGAGAGCAGUUCCGUGCAGGGGUUUUAAUAGAACAAGCUGUUGUAUACAUCAACGGACAUGCAAUAAAUACAUUAAGUUAUCUUUAAGCACUCAUGUAACACCUGGUUUAAAUUUACAUUUAUUUGGUAAAAACAAAAUACCAGUGUGUAGUUUAAAUAAAUAUUAUACAAUUUGUCAUCAAAAUUCAUUAAAGGGUAAGAAUUUUUUUAGGCAAGGUGAAGUUUUAAGAAAUUCACAAUACAGAUAUUCACCAAUGAUGAUUUGGUUUUCUGGAUAUCGACACUUUCACAGCAGUUUUCAUCAUCAUAAAAGAGAUCACCCAAUUUAUAAAGAAGGAGGAGGUGAUAUGGAGGAUGAUCCUGACCAAUUGAAGGAAACUCAAGAUGACAUGGAAGUACUUGAAAUGGAACAUGAGUACAAACAAAUGUUACGAGAGUACUACAGCAUCCCUGGUAUGGGACAGAGGAUCCUAGUCAUACAACCAGACAUAAAGGGAAGAGAUCAGCCAUCCCUAACGACCCCUGACCUUCAACUCGCUGAGGCAUGCGCCCUGGUGGAAACACUGCCAGACUGGAAAGUGGUGCAGAAAAUGGUUGUCCCUGUACACAACAGACACCUGCCUCAUGUGUUCAGUCCGGGACGCCUGGCUCAGCUUACUCAGGAAAUCACAAAUAAUAGACAUAUCAGUAUGGUGUUCCUCAGUACCAAUAAACUGUCUCCGGCACAGGUGUCUGCUCUCCAGGAUCUCUGGAACAUCGCCAUCAUCGACAGGUACACAGUUGUUCUACAGAUAUUUAAAGAACAUGCUAAAACUAAGGAAGCCAAACUGCAGGUAGCUCUGGCAGAGAUCCCCAUGUUAAGAUAUUGUAUUCCUGAUGUCCACGAUGGCAAGCAUGACAAAACAUUUGGAGGAAGUAACUAUCUAGGGGGAGACACUCACUACCAGCAUCGCUGGCAUUUACUGGGGAUCAGAGAACAAAAGUUACGAGGGCUGUUGGCUAAAGUGAGGAAGCAGAGAGAAUUCCUGAGGAAAGGGCGACAGAAACGUCAGCAGCCGACGGUAGCAGUAGUAGGCUAUACAAAUUGUGGUAAGACAACAUUGAUUAAGGCCUUGACUGGUGACCGUAAGAUGAAGCCUCAGGACCAGCUGUUCGCUACAUUGGAUGUGACAGCACAUGGAGGUGCCCUCCCGAACAAUCUCUCCAUCCUUUACAUGGAUACUGUGGGCUUCAUCGCAGACAUCCCCACCACCCUCAUCGACGCCUUUGGUGCUACACUAGAGGAUGCCUUGGUUGCGGAUGUGAUUAUCCACCUUCAGGACAUCAGCCACCCGGACAGAGUAGCCCAAAAAGACAACGUCCAGACAACACUGAAGAAGUUAUUGACGGACAGUCAGUACAGAAAAAUCAUCAAUGUUGGAAAUAAAGUGGAUCUAGUCAAAGGUGAUGUGUGUGAUGCUGAUUGUAUCAACAUAUCAUCAGUGAAGGGCCACGGCCUUCAUGAACUACAGCUGGCCAUACAGAAACAACUUCUAGAAAGCAAAGCUCUCCUGGAGAAAAAAAUCAGCGUCCCUGCCAGUGGGGAGCAUCUCAACUGGUUGUAUACCCAUGCCACGGUCCAAGCGGUGGACGGAGCGGUCAAGCCUAAUCAUUUACUAGUGGACAUUGUCAUCUCAGAGGGACUUUAUGCCAAGUUCAUGGCCAAGUUUGGAAAGCCAGUUACAAAAAAAGUCAAGAUAUAAAAAUUAAUUCUGUUGUGUUGAAGAUUCACUUGUGUAUUCUGAAAUGUUUUACUGGAUUACCUCUCUACAAUUCCGUCUUUUUGUAGUGCAGAGUUAUCUGCUCUAGUGAGCAGGUAUUGGUUGUUUUGUCAACUGUUUGCGAGAGUAAGGUCAUGAAAAUGUGAGAAAACAACGUAAUUUUCUUACACAAACUAAUGACUUAGCCAUCAAUUCCUGCUCACAAGAGCAGAUAACUCUGUAUUACGAAAAAUACAGAAUAUCAGUACAAACUAGCAGUAUAAUUGUACUGAAUUAUUAGCAUUGAUAUUGUAAGUGGGCAGCUGUGAAAUUUGAACACCCAUUGUCUUUCAUAUAUGUUAAUAAUGAAUAAAUGAAUCUAUUUAUAAAUAGAAAA